AUGGCUCGACUACAAGCCGAGGGUAAAGUACCGAAAAGCGUGGAUAUUUCACAAGGAGCACCCACAAUGCACAGAUUGAUGGUCGCAGAUAAUGAGUUUAUUGUUGUAAUGUUGGACCCUCCUCCAUGCGGAUGCGUUCGCUUGAAGAGUGGAAAGAAAAAACGCUGCAAAAGGCACAGACAAGAGCGAAGAGCGAGGAUGAAGGAGAACAAGAAAGAAGAGAAGAAGAAGAAAAAGAUGGUGAAGGACGAUGAAAGCGACAGGAAGAAAGCGGUGGAACUUCGUCACGCGGCUGAUUCUGAAGUCGACGAAGACAAAGCUAUUGAGGGAGCAAUCACACCAGACAAAGUUGCCGUUGUCGUAAGUUGGUUGAACCUUCGUUCUGGCCUGGCUGUAACUUCAUACCACGACUCUGCUCAGGGACCUGCUGGUGUGGCUGUGCUAGUGGACAUUGACAGAGUGGAAGGAGAAGAAGUUGGUCCACGAAAGACAGUCGACGAACCGAUCAGAGGGAUACUUGUCAAAGGAGCUCAUGAAACACCACAAUUUAUCCCCGAAGAUAAGAUAGAGAAGGGUCGAGAUGGCCAACCAAAGUUCAGAAACCACACCAAGGGCACACUUGUGAGAGGUGCUCAUGGAGAAUCGAUCUUCUACGCAGACAAACAAUGCCAGCCAGACUCCAAGGGUAAUCCACAGAAUGUGACCAGUCAAAGGAGUGGAGAAGGACCUGCAAAGCAAGAUUGGGGAGAUUGGACGUGUAUUGCAGUCUGCCCACCAUGCGAGGUGGAGGUGAACGAGAAUGGCAUGCCAGUGUUGGUGCAGAUCGUCAAUGCUCAGACCGUUCCUAAGGACAAGCAUGCUACAGUUGGUGUGCUCGUGAAGAAUCUGGAGGGAGUCGUGGUGUUAGCCCAGACAGGAGGACAAACGGUCGGCGCCCGAGAUAACGCCGAAUGUGUUCCGACUACACCGAACGACAAUGUAGCUCCAGGAAGUGUAAUAGGUAAAGUGAUGGAAGAAAAGCAGACAGGAAAACAGACAGUGGUACACGCCACUCAAGUGCCAGGCGCCAAUCAGAAGGCCGUCGGUACUGUCAUACAGGGUAAUUACUUGGAACCUGUGUUUGUUAAAGAAGUGUGGGUUACGACAGUACUUCCUUCCGAAGCUGUUGCAGCGGUUGCUAAGGCUGAAAAAAUUGACAAACAGUACCAGCCUCAGAUCGAAAAGGCCAACGAUUUGGUCCAAGCACAGAUUCAAGGAAAGACUACUGCUCAAAUCCAGAAGGUAUGGUUGUCAAUAGUCCGAAGAGUACACAUUAUUGGAGCACUAUGUUGGUUCGCGUUGGCACGGGAAAGAACCGAGAUGAAGGGUGCCACACCGCUUGCUCCAGGAGAGGUUUAUUCGACCUCACUAUGUGCUAAAGGAGAAAGAGGAAGCUAUUUCGCUUUUGCUCAGCCU